AUGGAAGAGCCUGCAGCUCCCACUCAGGGCCGCGAGGGGGCAGCCGCGGCGCCGUGGCGCACCGUCCCCGCCCGCCGGGAGCUCCGAGGUCCGGGCGUGCCAGGCCCCGCCCCCUUCCGGGCGCCGCGCGCGCGUCCGGCCUGGGCGUCGGCGGGGGGCGCGCGGGCCUGGCCCGUGCCGGGCCGGAGCGGCGGCAGCUGGACGCGCCACAUAGCCUGCAGGUACUACCUGCACGGCCGCUGCAAGGAGGGGCCGCGCUGUCGCUACUCGCACGACGCGGCCGGCCGGCCCGAGCAGCUGUCCGGGGAGGCGCCGGGCGCAGUGGCCGCGCCCACGACGCGAGCCGAGGGCGCCGCCGCACGCCCCUCGCCUCCCAUUGGCUCUGCUCCCGUCUUGCAAGACGACGUCCGCGGGGCCGACCUGGGGGAUGCAGCCGUUGCCAGGGCAACCGGAGCUGGAGGAUGGGAAGAGGCGGUGGAGUUUGUGCCCGGGCGGCCGUACUGGGGCCGGCAGCUCCUCUCUGCCCCUGAGGGUCCGCGCCCCAUCCCCGAGCCCCGACCCUGCCCGGCGACCGAGCGCCCGCGGCCGUUGUGCCGCGAUGCGGCUCUGGGGCAGUGUUUCCGCGGCGCUAGCUGCCUGUACGUGCACGGCGAUGUGUGCGACAUGUGCGGGCUGCAGGCCCUGCAUCCGGGGGACGCGGUCCAGCGCGCCGCCCACCGCCGGGCCUGCCUGGACGCGCACGAGAGGGACAUGGAGCUGUCUUUCGCCGUGCAGCGCAGCCGCGACAAAGUGUGCGGCAUCUGCAUGGAGACGGUGUUCGAGCGCGCGCAGUCCGCCGACUGCCGCUUCGGCAUCCUGUCCAACUGCACGCACACCUUCUGCCUCACGUGCAUCCGCCGCUGGCGCACGGCCACACAGUUCGAGAACAGGAUCAUCAAGUCGUGCCCGCAGUGCCGGGUGGCCUCCAGCUUUGUCAUCCCUAGCCAGUUCUGGGUGGAGGAGGAGCAGGAGAAGCGGCAGCUCAUCGGGCAGUACAAGGAGGCCAUGAGCCACAAGGCCUGCAGGUACUUCGCCAAGGGCCGGCGUCGCUGUCCCUUUGGAGACAAGUGUUUUUACCAGCACGCGCAGCCCCAGGGCCCGGGAGAGGAGCCUCAGGGACAGGAGGCCCCCAGCCCUGCCACUGGCAGGCGAGGCAGCGGACUGGCGGAGCCCGAGCAGGUGGGAGAGGGCAGCAUUGUCAUCCAAAGCUGUCACCACCACCUUGUCACGCUUUUGCUGUGCUCUAAGUGGUUUCUUGGGCGGGGAGUGAAAGUGCCCCUUGGUGAGCUGCAAGAAGCCUCUGUGUGCAUCGUGGCCUUGCUGUGGCAUGUGGUCUGGUGUGCUGAGAUGCUGUCGUGGCCCGCUGCUUGUUCUCAUAAACACACUCCAUCCCGGCCCCACGUGUCUGGAGCCUCCAUCGCUGUUUCCUGACUCAUUCCCAUUUGUUUGCCUGCUCAGGACCGUGACAUUUCACCCUCUUCCGUAAUCACAUACACAAACACACACAGUCCUGAGUGUUGUGUUGGUGGCGAAAUGCAUCUUUACUGUCAGUUCACGGUUGAUCUUGUCAUCUCUGUUUCCAACAGGAAUGAUUCAAUUGUAGUCUAGUGUUUACAGCAUUUCCACACUCAUUUUGAAGCCCCUCAAGAGUAAAUGGGACAGGGUGAAGGGAGAAGGCUUAACUGAGCAAGGAACUUUGCCCACCGCAGC